AGAGAGAGAGAGAGAGAGGUGUAGAUGAAUCUUUGUUACUUGUGUGCAACUGAUGAUUUUCUUCCUACUUUCUUCACACUCACACACUUCUCUUUGGAGAGCCAGUGGGAUGUGACAGUAAAUCAGAGGGAAGAUGGUUCAAAGACUCACCGGGAAGGACUGCGAGCUGGAUGCCAUAUAAAUGAGUGAAACUUGGGAGCUAUGAGCCAUAAAGCAUGACCGCUUGAUUUUGGCCUCUGCAGAGCUGUGGAUUCGAACAGGAAAGGCUGGUGGAGACGCACACGGCAGCAUCUUCAGGAGCGCUUCAACAAACAUCCUGUACUUCUGAUGGAUUUCCACACUGCCUCUGUACAUCUGGAGCUCUGAGCCUUGGCCGAUCUCUGACCUGCUGCUUGAACUUUGACCUCUGAGUGACCUCUUCAGGAAUCACAGCAAGAAAACAAAACUCGGGGGGUCCAGAUCUGCAGAAUGUUCUGGAAGCUGGCAAUACCUGCCAUUUUGGCAUGGACCUUAUUUGCAUCUACAGAGACCAAGAAGCAACGUCCUCAAGGUUCCAUCCCCUCCCCUUACAAGCUAAAGGGCAACGAUCUAUCAUCGCCAUCCCAUGCGCUAGCAGCAAUUCCCCAGCACGCUGCAUCAGCACGACGACAGAAGGGUAAACAUGACAUGCUGUCAUCGAGUCGUGAGGCUCUGGUGGUCACUGAGCGCAAGUACCUGAAGAGUGACUGGUGUAAAACACAGCCGUUACGCCAAACUGUGAGCUUGGAGGGUUGCCUGAGCCGAACCGUUAUCAACCGGUUCUGCUAUGGCCAGUGUAACUCCUUCUACAUCCCACGCCACCUGACAUCUCAAAGCUCACAUCGAAGUCGGAAAACAGCAUCCACACCAGACCACACCAUUUCAUUCCAAUCCUGUGCUUUCUGUCGGCCGAGCCGGAUAACCACGGUCACUGUCCGGCUUCACUGUCCUGGGCUGCAGCCGCCAUACCGCCAACGGAAAGUGCAGCGGAUCAAGCAGUGCAAAUGUGUGUCUGUUAAUGUCAAUGCUGCAUACUGAGAUGAAACAAUACUUUAGGGUGUUCCUUUUGGGAAAAAAAAACUGUGGCCGCCCGACAAUCAGUGUGUGAAACGUGCCAAAGACAACAGCUAAUCAGAGGCCUGGCCACCUUCAUUAUGUCUGGACUCCACAGAAUGCUAAGCGGGAAUACUUAAUAGCUGCCGAGCAGCGUUGGAAACAAAGCUGGAUUUUUUUUUUCUUCUUUUCUUGACAAUACGAAAGAGCUGAGAGUUCAGUUACAUACGAGACCCAAACUGUCAAUUGUGUUUUAAAUGAACAAUGUUUGAUCUUUGACCUCCUGAAAGCUUUUCCUUAUCAAAACAUGGAGUGUCUGUCCUCCUGCUUUACCUCAGCAGUGCUGAUUCUCUAUAGAGUGCAACAGUCAGGUUCUGGAAGUAGAAGUCCUAUUCA